AAGUAAUCUUCCCCUCAAACUUUCAGAGGCAGCCAAGCUUGAGAAAAACAUAUCAACGGAGAGUAAGCCCGAUAUGGUUGAAGUCUUACAUAAUCGCACCGCUCACCUCUUCCCCUUUGCGCGUUGGCCCAUGAAUUCACCGGCCUUCAGCGCGUCGUCGACAAACAUCAUGACCUCCUGGACACCCCAGCCAGCUGCUUUACAGGACAUCCUCCAAACGAUCCAUGAAUCAACCGAUUCGCAGAAUACUCAAGUUCAGCGCGCAAUUACUCAUAAACUGAACUCUUUUACACGCGCGCCGGACUACAUAGCCUAUCUUGCAUACAUCUUGGCCUGUUUGACCCAAGAGGAGGAACGAAUUCGAACCAUUGCAGGCUAUCUCCUCAAGAAUAACGCUCCUCUCAUUCACAGGGCCUCUCCAGAUGUUGUUGCGUUUGUCAAAACGGGAGUACUUCAGGCGUUCAAUGAUUCUGCCACCAUGAUUCGUAAUGCUGCUGGACAGGACAUUGUCGCCUUCUUGGGCAUACUCGAACCGAGGAAUUGGCCGGAGUGUCUUCAGCACUUAGUAAAUGCAUUGGAUUCGAGUAGUUUGGACCAACAAGAGGCUGCUUUCAAUGUCCUCGAGAAAGCUUGCGAAGACUAUCCUCGCAAACUCGAUGUCGAAAUCAAUGGCACUUGGCCGUUGGAAUACAUGAUUCCCAAGUUCCUUCAACUCUCCGAACACCCUUCAUCCAAAAUGCGUUCACAUGCGAUCGCCUGUCUCUCGUACUUCGUACCCAUCGGGUCCCAAGCGUUGUUUGCACACAUCGAUACCUUUAUUGCGUCUCUUUUCAAACGGGCUUCGGAUGAAGACCCUUCUGUGCGCCGACACGUCUGUCAAGCACUUGUCUUACUCCUUGCGUCUCGCCCGGAGAAGCUUAUGCCCGAAAUGGCUAAUGUUGCAGAGUACAUGCUAUACUCCACCAAGGACAAACACGAGAAUGUCGCUCUGGAAGCUUCGGAAUUCUGGCUCACGUUUGCCGAGGAUCCGGAGUUGGCACCCUACCUCCAACCGCUUCUGCCGAAGGUGGCUCCCGUGUUGCUGGACUGUAUGGUAUACGGCGAAGAUGACCUUCUUUGGCUCGAAGGCGAUCUCGAAGAUGCUGCCGUACCUGAUCGGGAGGAAGACAUUAAACCCCGACAUUAUGGUGGUAAGACGCAUGCUUACGAACGUGAUACCAACGGCGAUGGCACAGUUGCCAAGACUCGUACUGGUGCCUACGGCGAGGAGCUCCAGGAUGAAGAAGAUGAAGAGUUUGAUGACGAUGAUGACUCAGACUUCGCGGAGGAGAUGUCAACCGAAUGGAACCUGCGUAAAUGUGCAGCUGCUGCACUUGAUGUGCUUGCCGUCCGAUUUGGGAAUGAGUUGUUGACUGUGCUGCUCGACCCUCUCAAGGUCAAACUUUGGAAUGAGGAUUGGUUGCAGAGAGAAAGCGCCGUCUUAGCUUUGGGUGCAAUGGCUGAAGGUUGCAUUGAUGCCAUUGAGCCUCAUCUUCCGACUUUGAUUCCAUAUCUGAUAGCGCAGCUGAAUGAUACUAAGCCUCUCGUGCGUUCCAUAACAUGUUGGACACUGGGCAGAUACGCGGGCUGGUGUACUCAGCCAAUCUCAGAAGAACACAGGAACAUGUUCUUCAUCCCCACUUUGGAAGGCCUUUUGCGUAUGGUCCUCGACAACAACAAGCGCGUUCAAGAAGCGGGGUGUAGUGCAUUCGCCACGCUCGAAGAAGACGCGGGUCUUGAACUGAUUCCUUACUUGGAGCCUGUCCUACGGAACCUCGUUGUCGCCUUCGACAAAUAUCAGCACAAGAAUAUGCUCAUAUUGUACGAUGCGGUUGGUACACUUGCUGAUUCCGUGGGCCCCGCAUUGCAAAAUCCAACCUACGUGGACAUUUUAAUACCACCUCUGUUGAAAAAGUGGUCGAUUCUCAAGGACGAUGAUGACGAUCUUGUUCCUUUAUUAGAGUGUCUUGCUUCGGUUACCAUUGCUAUGGGACCUGCCUUCCUACCCUAUUCCGGGCCGAUCUUCGAACGAUGUGUCACAAUCGUGCACACUUCACUUUUGCAAUACCAAGCUUACCAGCAGAAUCCAGAAAUGGAUGAGCCAGAUCGCGCAUUCCUGGUCGUUGCAUUAGACUUGCUGUCCGGCCUAACGCAAGGUCUUGGAAUGAGUUUGGAGCCCCACAUCACCCGCAGUCAACCCAAUUUGCUCGAGCUGGUAGCAGUGUGCCUCAAACAUCCCCAGGCACCGGUUAGGCAGUCAGCGUAUGCCCUUGUGGGCGAUCUGGCGAUGAACAGUUUCAUACUUUUGCGUCCCCAUAUGCCCAGCAUCAUGCAGGAAUUAAUCGCACAACUGGACCCAGAACCGAAAUUCGAGUUUAUUAGUGCAUGCAAUAAUGCGGCUUGGUCGGUUGGCGAAGUCGCCUUGCGUUAUGGGCGAGAUGAUCCUGAGUUCAGACAAUGGGUCCACCCCCUGAUUUCACGUCUGAUUCCAAUCCUUUUGCAUCCCAAGGCUCCUCGUAGCCUCCAUGAGAACGCCGCCGUGUCCAUAGGUCGCAUAGGAUUGAUGCAUCCUGACCUAGUAGCGCCUUUACUCCCUGACUUCGCCCAAGCGUGGUGCCAAGCUUUGUACGAAAUCCGCGAUAACGAAGAGAAAGAUUCUGCUUUCCGUGGGCUGUGCACUCUCGUCCAGGCCAACCCGGCUGGUAUUGCCAAGAGUUUACUUUGGUUCUGCAACGCCAUCGUCAAAUGGAAUCAUCCCUCGCAAGAGCUUAAUGCUAUGUUCCAAGCUCUAUUGAUCAGCUUCAAACAACAUGAUGCUGCGGGAUGGGCUGCCCAGGUUUCGCAAUUCCCGGCUGCAAUCCAAGAGCGACUCGCCCAACGAUAUGGCGUAUAGAAGCCGAAUGCAAUAUCUCUAUCAUGACCAACGGUGUAACAUGGCUAUCGUAUAAUUGCAAGUGUAUCAAUUCCCCUCAUAUCUCUGUGCUCUCCAUGCUAUUGUCUUCGUCGUCAGACAUUCAUCUUCUCCCUGUUUUUUUUUUUGGAACCCCUUUUAGUAGUGUAGUAUUUCGCAUCACUCGUUCAUUACUUUUGCUUGUUUGAUUGUUCGCUUCUUUGAUUUGGCAAUAAAUGUCUCUAUGCGACUUGACUCC